CAGUACUUGUUAUCAGUUGGGUGAACCUCUUUACCUUCCAUUACGGCUGGCAUAUGUGAAAUAUUUUCCAACUCGCGAAGAAUUUGAAAGUACUGGGAAACUAAUCUCAGUUCUCUAGACGAUGGAUGAUCAAGUGCUAGUUUAUUUUAACGGAAAAGAAACAUAUUCCAAACGAUUUUGGUGUAUGAUGCAUUAGGAAUAGUACUAGUCAUGGCCAUGAAAGAUGAGGAUGGGGAAUUUCAUUUUCACAUCAUACUAUCUCGUCUGUUCACUUGAGGAAUUUGCUGAAUUAUGAACACGAGCUGAUAUCAGGUUCGAUCAUUGGAAAUCUCCUCAAGGUGCAGACCCUACUAUGGAUACACAUGAUUGGAGGGCUCAGCUGCUGCCUCAUAUUCGCCAAAUAAAAGUCAAUGAAAUAAUGAUUAAAUUAAAGACGCCUAUGUCUCAUGCUGAUGAUGAUGAAUUGAUUGAAGUUCAAAAAAUUGCUCAAAGUUUUGAGCAGAAGACUUUUGCUGGUGCAGCAAACGAGGAGGAUUAUUUACAGAGAAUAUCUUCAAUGAUGCAGUUAAUUGAUAGUUAUCAUAAUCUUUGGAGGGCUCAGCUGCAACCUGAUAGUCGUGAAAGAAUCAUCAACAACAUAUUGGAAACAUUAAGAAGACAUCUUCCUGUUUCUGGCCAAGAUGGAUUAGAUGAACUUCGUAAAAUUGCUGCAAGAUUUGAGGAGAAGGUUUAUAAUGCAGCAACAAGUCAGUCUGAUUAUCGUCGGAAAAUAUCCUUGAAGAUGCUGACAAUGGAAGCUAAAUGCCAGAACACCAUAGCAAACCCACACCCUAUGCCAUCAAACUUCGGUGACAACAGGGAUGGUCCUUAAGAUACAGGUUCUGCUUGGGAGGUUCAAGUGCUAGAAAGGGAGGUGAUAUGAUCAGAGGGAGAAAGAGAAAUGCUUGAGUAAGACAAUGUGUAAUAAAAAGGAAGCAACCACAGUGACUAAUUGACUUUGUCAUCUAUUGAUAGCUCUUUUGUUAUGAUACUCAUUUCCUCAAACCAUUGCAAAUGAUGCGGACUAAAUGUUUGUGAUGACAAUAUGUUAUUUGGAUUCAAGUGUUCUGUAUCUGUAGUGUAUGGUUAUGCAAUAUUGUCUUAUAAGGCCUCUGGCGUAACGUGAA